CAGUUUACACAAUCAUUCCUUGACAGAAAACGGGAUACAGUUAGCUUGAGCCCACUGUUUAAUACGGCCCAACAUAAUCUAACAAAUCACUAGAAACUCGGGCCCAAAAAGUGAUCGAGGAAGGAACGCCCAAAAAUCGAUUUCGUUCUGUGUCGCUCACAUUCUCUCCUUCUCUUCUCUCUGUUUGGUUUCCGAGAAAAUCACAAUGGCUCCUAAGCCUAAAGACAAAGGAAAAGCCGCUCCAUCAGCGUGGCAACCUCCGCCUGCAAUUGAAGAUCUUUUCACAACUCUCAAUAAACACAUCCAGCGAUCUGAUUAUGAGCAAGCCGUAAAAGUCGCAGAUCAAGUUCUUGCUGUUGCUCCUGGUGAUGAGGACGCGAUUCGAUGCAAAGUGGUUGGCAUGAUAAAAGCUGAUAACAUUGAUGAUGCUCUUUCAACAAUUCACUCAGCUCAGAGACUAACUGUUGACUUCAGUUUCUUCAAGGCAUACUGUUUAUAUAGACAGAACAAGUUGGAGGAAGCUUUGGAGACUUUGAGAGGCCAAGAGAGAAAUUCUGAAACAUUGCUGUUAGAAUCUCAGAUUCUGUAUCGUUUGGGGAAAAUGGAUGCUUGUGUUGAUGUCUAUCAGAAGCUUCAAAAGUCCAAGAUAGACUCUUUAGAAAUAAAUUUUGUUGCGAGUUUGAUUUUGGCUGGGAGAGCUUCUGAAGUGCAAGGAAUGAUGGAGGCAAAUCGAAUUAAAGCGUCUAGUAGCUUUGAGUUGGCAUAUAACACUGCUUGUUCCUUAAUUCAAAGGAAUAAAUACACGGAUGCGGAACAACUUUUGCUGACAGCUCGAAGAAUUGGUCAAGAAACAUUGAUGGAUGACAACUUGGCUGAGGAUGAUAUAGAGAUUGAAUUAGCUCCUAUUGCUGUCCAAUUGGCAUAUGUUCAAGAGCUCUUAGGACGAUCACAAGAGGCAAUGGGAGCUUACACAGACAUUAUUAACCGGAAUUUGGCGGAUGAGUCAUCCUUCGCUGUUGCGGUUAAUAAUCUUGUUGCUCUGAAAGGAACAAAAGAUGUUUCAGACAACUUAAGGAAACUUGAUCGGCUCAAAGAUAAGGAUGCACAAGGUUUCCAGCUUGCUCGUGGACUUGAAAAGCUUUCUGUAAAGCAAAGGGAGACAAUAUAUGCAAACCGGGUGCUUUUACUUCUCCAUGCGAAUAAGAUGGAUCAGGCACGAGAAAUUGUUGCUGCUCUGCCAUACAUGUUUGCCGACAGUGUGGUGCCAGUGCUGCUUCAGUCUGCAGUCUUGGUCAGAGAAAAUAAGGCUAGUAGAGCGGAAGAGAUACUGGCGCAGUUUGCUGAAAAGCUCCCAGAUAAGUCCAAGAUUAUUCUUCUCGCAAGGGCACAAAUUGCUGCUGCUGCUGGCCAUCCUCAAGUUGCAGCCGACUCCCUGUCUAAGAUUACUGAUAUCCAGCAUAAGCCUGCCACUGUUGCCACCAUUGUGGCUCUUAAAGAGCGGGCUGGAGAUAUUGAUGGUGCAUCUGCUGUCCUUGAUUCUGCAAUUAAAUGGUGGUCAAAUGCUAUGGCUGAGGACAACAAGCUGGAUGUUAUAAUGCAACAAGCUGCUUCUUUCAAGAUCAGGCAUGGGCGGGAGGAAGAGGCUGCCCACCUGUAUGAGCAGCUCGUUAAAAGCCAUGGGAGCAUUGAAGCCUUGGCUGGGUUAGUAAGUACUGUUGCUAAUGUGAAUGUUGACAAGGCGGAAGCUUAUGAGAAGCAGCUGAAACCUUUACCAGGCCUGAAAGGGAUUGAUGUGGAUAGUUUGGAGAAGACUUCAGGAGCAAAGCAUGUUGAAGGUUCUCAUGUGUCAGUUGCUGAAGUACACGAGGAGGGUAAGAAAGAGAAACCAAAGAAAAAGAGAAAGAGAAAGCCAAGGUAUCCGAAAGGAUUUGACCCUGCGAAUCCAGGUCCUCCUCCAGAUCCUGAAAGGUGGCUUCCUAAGAGAGAGAGAUCAAGUUACAGACCCAAGAGAAAGGAUAAGAGAGCAGCUCAGGUGAGAGGAUCUCAGGGUGCUGUAGUUAGAGAAAAACAUGAAGCUGGUGCUAGUGCUACCACUUCUAACACAUCAAAUUCAAAAUCAAGCCAAGCUACUAGUUCCAAAGCAGCUGCAGAACAAUCAAAGCCUUCAUCCAAGUCAUCAAGAAAGAAAUCGAGGAAUUGACCGAGAAGGCACCACUCUAGCUCUCCUCUUCUAGACACUUCCCCCACCUACCAGCACAACCAAAAAGAGAGGGAGGAGGGGGAAAACCUGUAGUUUCUUUUUUUGUUUUGUUUUCUUUUAUUUAAGAAUUUUCCAAUUGCUUGUCAUAAUUUACUUUGCUUUCAUUAAAGCUGAGAUUUUUGUGGUAACUUAGUAAUGGAAGAUCAGGUUUAACUUAAAAUAAUUGGAAGUUGGAACAUUUAGAAAA